CUCACAUGUGAUACCUUCAUAGGGCACUUUAAAACUAAUUCAGUAGUGAUAAUUGAGGUAUGUUAUGCAUAAUUACCUAUAAACACGUCCUGAAAUAAGUCAUAGAUUAUAUUUUCUAAGGCCAAGACUGACAGUCAUCAAAUCUCAACCAGCUGGCGCAGUUAUCGAAGUAAGUAGGGAAGGGAAUGUGAAUAGUAUUGACAACACACCCUAAUACAAGUGCGUAGCAUGAAAUACUGUUACAGUCAAUCGGGAAAAAAUUCGCGGCAGUUCUGUUGUGGCUUUUCGUUGGUAUACGAUACUCUCUGAUACAGAUGAAUCCGGUAAGUAACAACGUUCUUAUUAUGUAUAAUAUUAUACAGUUUGCCUUAAUUAUCUAUAGUAUUUUAGUUAGGUUAUCAUUUUUCAAUAAACUUAACAUAUUUGUGAUAACAUAUUACUUGAUUCAAAUUUAUUUUAAUUAAAUCGAUUAAAAUAACAACCCUAAUCAAAGUCUUGGUUCUUAAUAUCAAUUUUUUUCAAGUAAUUGUAACUUUUUAGCUGAUCUAAUAACUGUUAUUUUAAGUGUCGUAUUGAUUAACGUUACAUAUGGGGUUCAAUAUUGUCAAUUGUAAUAUAAUAAAUAAUUUACAUACCUAUUCAAAGCUAGCUUACAAUUAGCAUCGAUAUCUUGAGAUAUGAAAGCGAUUUGUAAUUUUUCUUUAAGUGCAUAGUGACCUAACUAGUUGGACAUAAACUCGUUUUGUGUGGUUGUUUAUUGCUUGUUAACUUGUUGUUUGUUAACUUGUUUUUUAAUAUCAGAUCUGUUUAUCCAAUACAUUUUAAACCAAAGCAAAACGGCAACUAGAUCAUGGAUAACAAAGACAACAGGUCUACUGAGGGUUCAGAUGAAGAAAUGCGCGAGUUGCUUCGACAGAUGCAACAGACUACAAGUUUAUUGGCUGCACGGCUAUCAGCCUCGAAUCCCGGUUUACCAGGGACAUCGUCUGCCUCUUCCUCACCCUCCCCCGCUGGAAACUUUUUACCUUCUUCAGCCUCAACACCCCAUCAUUUGCAUUCCCUUCCAUCAACAUCCUCAGCAUCUUCUUCGAAUAUUCAUUAUUCAAAAGAAGAUGAUGUCCAGGUCAAACUUGCAAGGUUGUUCAGGCCAUAUGAUUCUAAAUGGGUACCUGGAGGUAAUAAGGGGAGACCCCUCAAAAGAAAAAGAGAGGUACCCUGGAGUCAUGAUUUUAUUUGCUGUUCUAAAACAGACACAACCACUGUCCCAAACAUGGAGCAUCUAAGACUUCUUGACAAAUGUAGCUUGGGCCGCAAAAUCCUUACAUUUCCUGAUAACAUGGGAAACCAUUCCCAUGUAUCAGAAAGUCUUUAUGCAGCAUAUCCACACCUUCAUGAUGCAGGUGGCUUUUUUCUUGCCAGGAGCAAUCGUAAAAAAGAAUUAUUAAAGAUCCCCAUACCACCUGAAGGCUACUCAGUGGAUUAUUUGCGACACCACUGUGACAUCAAACGUGCUCCUAUAUACAUAAUUCUGUUACAGCGAGACCUUCCACUGCAGCAACCUCUAGAGCAUGUGUCAGCAGUUACAGAGAAGUGUCUCACCUGCAACCAGAUGUUAAUGCUUUCCACAUUGGCUGAACAUGUUAGGACAUGCAAGAGCAAAAAUAUAGAAGAUGAAGAAAAAAGUGAGGCGGAAGAGAAUGUGUCUUCCAGUUCAAGUGACGAUGAAGAUCUGCGUUUGGCAAUUGAACUGUCUUUUCAGGAUACAGGACUGUGUACAGCAGAUUCAUCUGUUUCAGUCAGUGUCCAUCCAGUUGCAGCUGAUGCAGUUCAUCAGCCUACAGAAGCUUUACAGUUGCCCCAAACACAAGAUCAAACAAUGGCUGCAAAUCAAACAUAUAGAGAGACUGCUCAAUCUGUGAUUGUCUUGUCCAGUGACGAUGAAUCCACAUCAUUAAAUACGAACAUGAUAUUAGAUGUUGACACAUCUUCAAAUGCUCCAGCAAACACCAACCAUGAUGGGAGUGCGACAGUCAAGUCAAAUUUGGAGAUUAUUUUAGAGAACAUUGGCAGGCGACUGGACACUGGACCAGCUCCAUUAUCGAACAAUAUUAAUGUUAUGCGUGAUUGCAUACUUCCAAGUGCUAUGAGAGCAUUCUGUUGUCUUUGUCGAUGCAGACAACACUGGAGAAGGUGCAGUAGAUGAAGGCGGGCCAACUAGGGAGUUUCUACGCCUUCUCAUCUUGGAUAUUAAAAAUAGCCACUAUUUCUGUGGUGAAGAGAACAUUAAACAUUUGGCUUUGGUGUCCCGUGCUGUGCAGGCAGGUGAAUAUAAAAUAAUUGGCCAAAUGUUGGCGGUAGCCAUUAUCCAUGCUGGCAUCUCCCCAGGGUUCUUUUCUGAACGAUUAUAUGCCCUCAUUUCACAUCAACCCAGACCUCCAGUUGAUGUCACUGAAGUAGAGGAUGUGGAUCUGCGGCAAAAGCUGCAAAAAAUCAAAGAUGCAACAACACUACAUGAUGCUCAGGAUGCUGUAACCGAAGCAGCUGAAAUUUUGUCUUUACUUGGAUGCUCAGGAUACUUGAGGACAUUAGAAGAUCAACGUGUUCUUGUUGAAGAGGCUGCAAAAGCAUAUGUGGAGGGCCGUGUCAGAGAACCAGUGGAACAAUUAGUAGAAGGCUUGAAAAGUCUUGGUGUAGCAGAGGCCAUUGAGCAAAACCCUGAUGUCAUGAAAGACAUUUUCGUUGGUGGGUCAAAGCCUCUUAAAGCAGAAGAUGUUCUCAACCUUUUCAAAGUAAUUUACAGCCCUUCUGGAAGUAACAAGAGAAGGAUGGAGAACCAAACCAUAAUAUUUUGGAGGGACUGGCUGGUUGAAGUUGGAGAGAACACAAGGGAAGUGACAUUGGAGCAAAUACUAAUUUUUGCUUCAGGGUCCAACAAAAUACCUUUGUUAGGGUUCCCGGAAAAACCCACAAUUCAGUUUUUACACCAAGGAGACCAUGGUGUGAGAAUUUUCCCAGAGGCUAAUACCUGUGAUGUGACUUUGCGUCUGCCAUUACACACUUCAUUCAAUGUCUUCAGGGAGAAGAUGGAGUUCGGCAUUCUACAGUCACCUACAUUUGGAUUCGCCUAAUUUUUUUUUUUUUUAAACCAGUUACAUUAGUUUGAGUAUAACAAGACCUUUUUGUUUUUUAGACAUAUAGUUUGAGGAUAACAAGACUUCUUUUUAGAAAACCAGUUACAUUAUUUUGAGGAUAACAAGAUUUUCCUUCAUUAGCCUCAUAUU